AUGGAGGAUAAUGAUUGGGAUUUAAGCGUUGUGGUAAGAAGUUGUAAUAUUAAUAAGCCUAAUGAUCUUACAGCUCCUAACUCAUGCUUGGUGACUUCUGAAAAUGGUGAUUGGAAUACUUUUGAUAAAAUUUUUGUUGCUGACAUGCCUAAUUUUAAUGACUUAUCUAAGAUUUUUCAGUUGCUCACCAGAAAAAAUCAAAUGACCAGGAAAAAUCAGUCAACAAGAGUUAUCUAUGACAUGUUGCAAGAGGAACUCACAGAUGAUAAAUGGACAUGGCGUAAGUAUGGUCAGAAGUCAAUCAAAGGUUCUCCAUUCUCGAGGAACUACUUUAAAUGUAGUACAUCAGGAUCCUACAAAGCAACAAAAAUAAUUGAAAAAAGCCCAAAGAAUGAGAACUAUUUUUUGGUGUCCUAUUCUGAUGAACACAACCAUGCUCCUCCUACAUAUCGUAGAUCUCUUGCUUUAUACAACAAUAGUUCCAAACACAAACUUUCAAAAAGUAUAAAUAUUGUGACCAAAGCGUUAAACUUGAAUGCAUCAUCGUCCUCGUCUAAGCGUGCUAAGCGUUUCAAAGUUGAUGCCUCUUCAAUUAGUCCAGUUGCACCUACACUUGAAAUUGAGAGAAAUAAUGAAAUGGUUGAUGUUGUCGUGGAGAACAAAGACGAUAUUGAAGAGGAGGAGAACGUGUAUGACAAUGUUUUCAUGGAUUUUAAAGAACUCCAAAAAGUUACUACUUCCAUCUUAUGGGGAUGA